AUGUCAAGUUCAAUUGACGAAUAUUUCUUUUUUCACUAUGACAAACUAAAGGUGAGAGCUAGAUGUAUUAAUGAGCUCUUUGAACAACCAGUUUAUAAACUAUGUGGCUACAUACGGAAAGCCAUCAGUCAUCCAAAUUCCCAUGGAGUCAAAUUGAUGGUUAUAGUUGGCGGGUUCUCUGAAAGUCGUAUGCUUAAAGAAUUCCUUCAGGAAGAAUUCCCAGACGUGAAAAUCUAUAUUCCUAAUGAACCAUCUCUUGCAGUUAUGAAAGGAAGUCUUAUAUAUGGUCAUAAUCCAAGUGUUAUUGCUCAAAGAAUAGCCAAUUUUACUUAUGGGUGUGUUCCUAUUUUUGAAUUUGAAAAAGACGAAGGAUUUACAUCAUUUGGCACUGAGGAAACACCAUUGUGUAAAGGACCAUUUGAUAAACUUGUCGAAAUUGGAACAGUUCUGCUCAUAGGUGAACCCCAGGUCGUCAGAAAAUACCAUAAACCUGUUGAAGCAAAAUUUGUCUCCUUCUUUAUCUACGGAUCAGAUUGGAAGAAUCCAACAGAUGUGUCUGAUAAAAGUUGCUUUUAUCUUGGAAACAUAACAAUGAAAUAUGAAAAUUUUGAAAGAGAUGCAGGAACUGUUCAAUUGGAAAUGUUAUUCAGUGGACCUGUCAUAAAUAUUACACUUAAAGACCUCAAUUCAAAACGCUCGGAAAAAGUAACAGUAAACGCAAGGUCCAAAUCGUUCUGCAUCAGAUGCUACUGUGUUGACAACUCAGAAUUAAAAGAUGUCAUCGAAAAUCAUAAUAUUGGAUUUCCAGUAGCUGCCCCUCUACCAAAUGAUAACAGAAACAUCCCGUAUUUCAUCUUGGGUGAUGACACCUUCCAUCUCAGGACAUGGCUAAUGAAACCUUUCGCAAGAAGGACUUUGACCAAUUGUCACGACAGCCGUCGUGCUCUGUUGAGUCAGUAA